AUGUCCGUUAGUGGAUUUGAAACUUCUGCUUAUACAGGAAAAAACACGCUUUAUGCCGCUGAAAAUCGCGCACUAAAAGAUUUUGCAUAUGGAACCAAACUUGUGCGAUCUCGUGUCAUCUGCGGACGGGAAUGUAGUAUGGAUGAACGUUGCAAGUCUUUUAACUUUAAUGACUGCAAUAAAAUGUGCGAGCUGAACCUUGCUACAAGACGAGAGCAUCCCGAAGACUUCAAUGCAACUCAAGGGAGUGUGUACUUUGAUGCAGAUGAGCACACACCUCUCUACUCACUGACUGAUAGCUCCUUGAAUCGCUACAAAAGUUGCAAGAUGCUCUUUGAUGCCGGUUAUCGCUCAAGCGGUGUCUACACAAUCUACCCAGAGGGAUUAGGUAAUUGUCUUCGUGUCAACUGUGACAUGGAAACUGACGGCGGGGGAUGGAUCGUGUUUCAGAGGCGACAAGAUGGCAGCGUGGACUUCUACCGUAACUGGACCGAAUACCAGUCUGGCUUUGGCAAUCUGUCCGGUGAGUUCUGGUUGGGCAACGACAACUUGGUGACUCUGACAUCUGAUGAUUCACAAGAAACAUGGGAGCUUAGAGUUGAUUUAGAGGACUGGGAGAACAACACGACAUGGGCAAAGUACUCAGAUUUCCAAAUAUCCCCGGGUGAGUACAAUCUGAAUAUUGGCCAAUACGAUGUCAGCAGCACUGCCGGGGACUCUCUUGGGGAUCAAAGUAUUUACUAUGGAUAUCACAGAGGACGUGCCUUCACAACAAAGGAUCGUGACAAUGAUGCGACAGAUGAGGAUUGUGCACAAAAAUACACUGGAGCCUGGUGGUUUGAUGGGUGUUUUUUCUCUCACUUGAAUGGUCAAUAUUACCCAGAUGCAAAUGCAGGUAGCGACAAUGGCGUACAAUGGUCGGCAUGGAAACAGCGUUAUUCUCUGAAAGCAUGUGGCAUGAAAAUGCGUGAAAUUGGAGCUUAACGUUGUAUUGUAUAACCUACAUUUCGAAAUAUUUAUUUUAGUUGAUCACGGAUAAUUGUACAACCAUGAUUAAAAUUGAAUAAACACUGAUAAAACUGUGUUUUGCGAUUAAACACAACCUUGAUAUCAGCUUGAAAACAUGUUU